AUGGAGAUAGUGACCAUUAGUGGAGAUAGUGUUGAUGACAAAGUCAUGAUGAUGUUGCCAUGUAAGAACUACCUAUCAUGGGUGCUAGAUGCUGAAAUCCAUCUUGAUGCUAUGGGUCUUGGAGACACCAUUAAAGAAAAUAAUAAAACAUCCAACCAAGAAAAUGCCAAGACUAUGAUAUUCUUGCGUCAUCAUCUUGAUGAGGACCUAAAAAUUGAAUAUCUUACUAUUAAGAAUCCACUCGUUUUAUGGAAAAACUUGAAAGAAAGAAUUACUUCUAUAUUGACACUAUGUGGAGAAAAGAUUAGUGAUUCUGAUAAGUUGGAAAAGACGUUCUUCACUUUUCAUGCCUCGAAUGUGCUCCUGCAACAGCAAUAUCGAGAGAAAGGUUUCACAAAGUAUUGUGAUUUGAUUGCUCAUCUUCUUGUGGCUGAACAAAAUAAUGAUUUGCUGAUGAAAAAUCACGAGAAUCGACCUACUGGCGCUGCACCACUCCCCGAAGUGAAUGAGGUGUAUGCCCACUACUCCAGGCGUGGAAAAGGUCGUGGCCCCGGUCGUGAUCAUGAUAAUAGUCGUGGUCGUGGUCGUUAUAAUGGUCAAAGAAGAAAUUAUUUUCCUGGUGUUAAUCACUCUUCAAAGAAAAAUUACCACCAAAAGGGGAAAAAGAAGGAUGAUAGGCAUGAAGUGCCAGAAGCACGUGGCUCAGAAAACAAAUGCUAUCGAUGUGGUGGAAGUGGACACUGGUCACAAGAUUUCUUUGAGCACCCUGAAGGAAAGAUAAAUCACUUGAUUGGUCAUGGUUCUGUGGUUAGAGAUGAUUGA